UCAACUCUUACGUUACUGCAUAUGUUACGAGCGAUUUUCUGGAUAAUAAUACGCCCUGGAAUACAUCAGAUGUAGCUCUAUCUCGACUCCAAACCCAGGGACGGAAAUUCCAGAAGCUGAGUAAAGAGCCUUGCCUCAAGUGAUAUACCGAUCCCCUCGCCGCCGUUGGGGACGUUGUAAUAGUCACUGUCUUCGUAAACAACUCGAUUACCUCAAACGACGGAACGUCAUUAAUUGAGGGAUUUCACAACCCUUCACAUCGGACCGAUUGGGACACUGCUUCCGGCUGGGCAUGUAUUUACCUGGGAAUUAUAAGAAAGCAUGCAGCUUCGACAAGAUGCUUCCACACUUGUCAAACUGGACCGUCAGUGCAUCGCCAAGUUACAGCAUACCCGUUAACCACUGUCUAAGCGAUGCUGUCGGCUCCAAUAGCACGCGAUGUUCUCUACAUUACAGUCCGCCUAUCAUGAUCUUGGUCUGCAUACUAAAUGCGCUGAAAUGUGCGCUGAUCUACUACACGGCCCUUUGCGUUAAAGAUACCACCCUAGUGAUCUUAGGCGAUGCCAUUCACUCCUUCCUAGAACACAGCGAUUUCAAUACAGAGAACAUGUGCGGUUCAACCCUUGCGGAUUUCAACAAUCAAAAGUGGCAAUACGCACGAUUUCCGUGGGACCCUCAAAACCGAUUAUGGUGGUUUCAGGCAGCCAGUAAACGUACGUGGAUAGUCACCAUGGCUCUGUGCAAAAUAAGUCUAAUAGUCGUUGGAGUUCUCCUAUCCCAAACUAUCAAAGCCCGCAAAACGCAAGGCCUUCCUACAGAUAUCCCAAACCUAUGGAAACAAGGUGUUGGACAGGUGCGAGCAUACUCGCUUAUUGGGGGAGGCUUUAAGAUAUUCAAUCAAACGACCGGCUUCUUAGUCUGCAUUCUCUUUUCCAACAUGUUCCAGAUCUUUUGCUCUUUCCUCUAUCUGUUCAUCAAUGGCCUCCUCACGAGCGUCUUGGUAGCCUGCGAGUGGGCAAACAUGGCGAGCCAUAAACGACUGCUCCAAGUGUCUUUCCCCGUUGGCAUCCAACGUUCGUCUUACUUCCUGUCACUGCCACUCCGCUACGCUAUUCCACUUUCUGGUUCGUCGAUUCUGUUACAUUGGCUUAUAUCCCAGAGCGUUCUCGUGGUGCAGACAGCAGGAUGGAAUGCUGAUGGCUCACGGAACUAUCAGUACGACGCUUCUCGCGUAGGGUGGUUAGUUAUGGGUAUCAUCUUUAGUUUGGUGUCAGGCUGCAUCAUCGUUCUCAUCGUCCUCCUCCUUGGAUUCCGGAAACUGCCACGGGGCGCACAGUCUGCGCCGUUGGUGCGGACCUGUAGUGCGGCUAUAGUGCACAGUGUCAUCAGCCACCGGAAGAUAAAGAGGCUCAUAUACUACCCGUUCAGUGGGGUGUCGUUAGUUGGAAUGACCGCAAAGAGAUUGGGCACUGCAGCAUCACUACUGCUUACGAUGUCGCACCACCGAUUCCAGGGCAUAUGUAUCGAUAGUGUUUUCUUUUGGACCGAAGACUUUUAAGCACGAAAAUCGAUCGUUCAUCUACAGAAAGCAUAAUCUAAAAGCUAGUUACUCGGCUUCGAUACGGGCAAACCCCUGUCUUGAAACAAGUGACUCGCUAGCUAGGCUAUUCACAAAUCCUGAAUGGCCUUGAAACCUGGGAGGAUCUCGUUGCGCGCGCUUCGUACAUGGGGAUAGCUAGACUAGAGCGUAGCUUUUUCUCCACUCUUGGGGCGGAUGAGUGUGGGGGGACCGUGUACGGAGCUCGACGCUGACGACUGUGCCGCACGCUCAACAAGCAAAGGAGUUUGGGGUUAUGACUAUCGUCUCAAACUUUUGCUUACCAUUCAACUUUGGAGGUGACUACCUGAAUGGUGAGUGAACAGGAGCGCAGGUUCUA